CCCAAAACCGACCAGACUUUACCUGUAAUCAUUCGGAACAGUCCCACCGAAAGAGUUCGCGAAGCGACGCGGUUCGAGAUGGCGGAGUGGGCGACUCACGGGGCCCUCAUGAUCGCGGCGUGGCUGGGAUUCGCCGCGACCGGCGUCCUCCUCCCCACCUACUUCCGCGGCGACUUCCCGGGCAAGAAAAUCCUGAACAAGGACCUCUGGUUCGCGGGCCACUGGCUGUUGAUGAACCUCGCUCUCCUCUUCACCGUGAUCAGCUUCAUCGUCAUAUACAAUUACGAAGGAUGGAAGCAGGAAAAGAACAAUCACUCCGCGCUGGGUCUCUUCGUCUGCAUCCUCGCGUUCGUUCAGCCUCUGGCGGCGGCCUUCAGACCGGGACCGACGAGCGAGUGGAGGCCGGCCUUCAACUGGAUUCACUGGGCAGUGGGGAAUCUCAUCCUCUUCCUGGCGUAUUACAAUAGCUUCUUGGGUCUCGGCCGGGUGGGGAGCAGUCAGGGUAUUUACCUCUUGGGCUUCUUCGUCGUCUUCAACGUCUUUGUCCACUUCGCAAUACAGGUCCUCUAUUUCUUUCUGAGAAUACGGAAAAUCGUUGACGGCUGUUUUUGUCCACCGAUGAUUACUCUGUCCGGCGCCAUUCCCAUCAAUUACAGCCCCGAUUCCCCUUCACAGAAGCUCGAGAAAAACUUGGCAGCCGGUGAAGAGACGGACACGAACCGAGUGGCUCCCUCUGCGACGUUCAACCUCUCCGCCUUGAAGAACCAAGGGGGGAUUGGAGACCUGGCGAGAAAGGGCCUGCUGGUGUUGCACUUCAUCGUGGCGUGGGGAGUGGUGAUCGCUCUUGGCAUCAUCAUCACCAAGUGAAGGAGGAAUAUUCCCGCCUCAUGCCUCGCCUGCAGAUUCCUAUCGUUGGGCGCAGGGGGAACGCCUGUAGUACGUAAAGUCGGGGUUCGAGCACAGAUGACUCUACUCGAACAUUUUAUGAAUUAACCGUCUACUUUUAACGUCCUCAAUCAUCUCGCCGUGCUAUAAUAUUGUAUAUAAAACCAUUUGAUCAAUUUAUUAACUUAUAAAGUGAAUAAAUCAUGCCUGAACCCCCUCUUUAUACGUACUACUGACGUCAGCGAAU